AUGACAAAGCACCCCGUUAGCUAUCCUGAAGUGACGAGUUCCACGUCCCACAAAGACUAUAACACUUUUGCCAAUAUUUCUGUCCGCUUUUCUCAACCAGAAAAUCCACAGCCAUUAGGGAAUUUUGGACAAUGCGAAGAAUGCGGGGGUUUAAAUACUGGGUAUAACUGGUGCCGGUUUAUUAAAGAGGCGCAAUCUCAUGCUACCAAUUUUAGGUCAGUUUUAGAGUGGAUAAAAUAUCAAGAAUUCACAAAUGUAAAACAUCUUGCUGAUGGUGGCAAUAGUUCUGUAUUUACGGCAAAUUGGCUUCAGGGGCCUAUACAAGCAUGGAAUAAGUCUACCAAUGAUUGGGAACGACAGACAAAUUUGGAUUUAAUAAUAUUGAAGCGCAUAAAGGAUUCCAAUAAUUUAACAUCAAGUUUCAUGAAUGAGGUUGCGCAUAUCACAAAUUCAGCACAAUGGUUAGCAACGUCAUGUACUGUUAUGCUCACCAAAAACUUUGACACCUUUACCUGGACACAAAAAAUCAGCACUCUUAAGGAUAUUGCGAGUGGAUUGGAUAAAAUUCAUAGCAACGGCCUUCUACAUAAAGAUUUGCACACGGGUAACAUUUUACGACACGGUAGUUGGACAAUGAUUAGUGAUCUUGGAAUCCGUCCUGAAAUAACUUCAGAAAUACCCGACUACUAUUCAAUAGUUAUGCAAUCUUGCUGGAACAACAAUCCUAACAUGAGACCUACAUCACGUGAUUUAGAAAAGAGAUUUGACUCGUGGAUUAAUAGUAUCAAAGAUCGACAAUUGAUUUGCCCUGAGAUUUCUGCCAAGGAGAAAGCAGACGUGAAUGACUCAGCGUGCAAAUGGAUUGAUUCAUAUAGAAAUAUUUCAAGUCAAUCGCUUCCUUCCUUAUCCGUAAUUCAAUGUAAAAUUUUGGAAGAGCAGGAUGAAUGUCAUGAAGCUCUUUAUCAAAAAUAUUAUAACCAACGUCUCAUCGAGCAUGCUGAACGAGAAUCAAAAAUUAAAGAAAACGAGCCAAUGAAUCCAAUGACCUGGACUCGUGAACUCAAAAUACUUGCUGACAACAUAUUUGGCAAAUCAGAUAUUGAUAAUAAAUUAGAAUUGACUGGGGUAAAAUCUAUCGAAGAAGCAAAUGCAAUACAAGAGGUGACAUACGACAUUCCUGUUGGCAUAAGAAUAGGUGUUAAAA